AUGGGAAUGAUCGAUGCUUCCUUGUUCUCAAUCGUUGAAGAUUUGCUAGCCGAGGCCGACACUAAACUCAAUGGAACCCGCCCAUGGGACCCUAAGAUACUCAACCCUGCCAUUUAUGAGCGAAUCAUCAGAGAUGGCUCUCUGCGGUUCGGCGAAAGUUACAUGGACGGCUGGUGGGAAUGUGAGCAACUGGACGGCUUCCUUUACCGAUUCUUGAAGACUCGUAUAGAUGAAUUACAACCACACAGCAUACGUGAUGUAUUUCAAAUGAUCUACGAUCGGUUCUUCAAUCCCCGAGCGAAAACAAUCAUCAAACAUUUACCUAUAAGGUUAAACGACAUCCUCAAGUUAUUGUCUGUAAAAUUCUUCGACCUGCAGACGAAAACUUUGGCGUGGAAAGUAAACGAGGUGCACUACAAUCUCGGGAACGACCUCUUCGUCCGGAUGCUGGGUCCGCACAUGCAGUACUCCUGCGGUUAUUGGCGGAACGGGACGACCUUCGAGGAGUCCGAGGAGAACAAGAUUCGUCUCAUCUGCGAGAAGCUCCACCUGAAACCGGGGAUGCGCGUCCUGGACAUCGGCUGCGGUUUCGGGGGGUUGGCCGCCUUCAUGGCCCGCAAUUAUGACGUCAGCGUUACCGGGGUCACCCUCUCCAGGGAACAGGAGAGAUUCGCCCGGGAGCACUGCAAGGGCCUCGACGUGAGCAUCCUCCUCAAGGACUACCGGGAUCUGGAGGGACAGUUCGACCGCGUCGUCUCCGUCGAGAUGAUCGAGCACGUGGGCCCCAAGAACUACGCCAACUUCUUCGACGUCGUCGACCGCUGCCUCGGCCCGGACGGGAUCUUCGUCUUGCACGUCAUCUCGUCCAACAAAACCGUCGAGCGACACGACGACUGGUUCGACAAGUACCUCUUCCCCAACGGGUGUUUCCCGUCGCUCAAGCAAAUCGCCGAGGCCAGCGAACCCUUCUUCGUGGUGGAGGACUUGCACAACAUGGGUGCCGACUUCGACAAAACUAUGAUGGCAUGGUACGAGCGCUUCGUCGACGCUUGGCCGCAGCUGUCGCAAAAUCACAACGAGCGUUUCAAGCGUAUGUUCACGUUUUAUCUUAAUUGCGCUGCUGGUGCGUUUCGCGCCAGACGACUUCAACUUUGGCAUAUUGUCUUCAGUCGAGGUAAAACGGGUGGAUUGUGUGUUCCUCGCUAA